CAGUGUUACUUUUAAUCAAAAUGCCAAUACAGUGACCUGCACUUGUAAGAUGUUUUCUGAAGUUGGCAUUUUUUGUAGACACAUUUUGCGUAUCUAUAAUGUCCAUUGUGUCAAAUGUAUUCUCCAAGUUUAUAUACUCUCUAGAUGGACAAAGGCUGCCAUUCUGCCAAAUGUUAAUCUUUCUCUUACGCACGGAACCGAUAAUAUGUUUGGCAAAAUAUUAGAAGAUUCUGUUUGGAGGGUGCAAAUGACUAGGAAAUUCAACUCAGUAUUGGGUGCAAGUGCUGGUUUUCCUGAAGCUAGGCGAGUAUGUGAGCAAGGAUAUGAUUCUAUUAAACAAUUUUUAGAUAUACAAAGAAAUUCUUCUGUUUUGGAUGAAUCUGCUUCAAGAACAGUAUUGGAUCCUCCACGCUCUCGUCCUAAAGGUCAACGAAAUACCCGAAAGAGAAGUAUUGUUUAGAAACAGUGCAAAAUAGUCAAAGCUCGUCGUUCCAAAUCCCAAAAUGUUGCCUCCAAUUCAAAAGCAGUUGCACAAUCUGUUGUACAGGACACGGUUAAUUUCAUGGUUCCACAAGGUUAUGUACUUGCUCAUCCAGUUGGAGGAAUGACGUCUUUACUGCAUGUGCCUAGAUCUCCACCAGUUUUUGCUCCAUACUUCAUGCAAUCAAAUGCUGUGAACCAGAUGCAGAAUUAGUUAUAGUUAUACAUGUUUAUCAAACCAACUGCUUUGAGGAGUUUGCAUAUCUUAUUAUGGGUUAUUAC